AUUCCGUAACAGUCAGCGGUAGAUGGCCCCCGUGCCUCCAGAGCUCCCAGGUGUCCUACUCUUCCUGGCGUCUGAGAAGAGGCCGAGGGAGGUGGACAAGUGCUGCUGAUGUGUAGAUGCUCUUCUCCGCAGCAGAAGAUUUGGAAGAAUCCUGUCAGAAGUGAACAAGCUCCCCUGCUAGGGCAGCCCACGCGAGGACACUGAUGAUCCGCUUGCUCGGCGGCGUCAUGUCAUUCCAGCCUAUGCCGCCACCGCCGCCGCCGCCGCCGCCGCCGCCGCCCUCCCGAACCCCGGGGGGCCCCGCCGCGCGCCAGCUAUCCCGGAGGCCCUGCGUGCCGCCCGCGCCCUCGCCGCCUGCCGCCGCCGGGGAGAAGAAGAAGCGGCCGCCCGAGAUGCUGCUCUCCAGCUCCUGGCCCUCCGCCACCCUGAAGAGGCCGCCAGGCCGCCGCGGUCCCGGCCUGGGUCCCGGCCUGGGUCCCGGCACCCCGCAGCCGCCGACCUCCGCACGCGUUCUGCCCCAGUCCUCUCCGGGCCGUGGGGGAGCCUCUACCACGUGCUCCGCGCCCCGGCGGGUCGCCUGCAGCCACAGCCCAGGGGGAGCCACCGCCGCGGGGACUCCUGCGGGGGCGGGGUCCGGGCCAGACGACACCACGCGCUUCUCCUUGAGCCUCACUCCUGAAGCCAUCCUGGUCAUCCAGAGGCGCCACCUGGAGAAGCAGCUGCUGGCACGGCCGCGCAGGCCCUUCCCCACACCCUCGCCGGACCCUCGGCGCCCACUGGUCCCCUGUCCCCGGACCAGGACCGCGACCCUGCGGAGGGGCGGCCCCCCCACCAGUGUCCCCGACGCGCCUCUGGCUGUGGCUGUCAGCAGCCGCCCACCCGGCGCCUCGCUGAUGCCGGGAGGUCUGCAGGCCACGAUGCCCAGCCACCGCCCCUCCAGCCUGCGCCCGGUGCUCAAGGUGUCGCUGCUCAAUGAGAAACACAAGUACGACGAUGAGGAGUACGAGGAGGAGGUGGAGGUGGUGGACGAGGGCCUGGUGCGCAAGUGCACCGAGUGGCUGCGCGGGGUGGAGUCGGCCGCCGCUGCCAGGGGCCGCACAGGGCAUCUGGACUCGCUGCCUCAUCUGAGCACGCUAUGAGCGAGGUGGGCCUGGUGUGACCCGACCUGGCAAGAGGCCCACCACCGCCUCCUGCGCUCCUUGCCCCAUCUGGGCUCUUGCGAACCAGGUAGGCCAGCAAGAGAGAGGACCACAGCCUGGAACUUUGCUCAGGUGCACUUAGUCAUGGGUGACCCACAGCCUCCUCUAAUGCCCGCCGCCCACCUGUGCACCGUGCACCGCGAGCCACCACGUAGGUCAUCGCGGGACACAGCAGACGUGCCUGACUCCGGUGGCUGUCCUCUGCUCUUCCUGCUCCCCCGUGGGGAGGAAGGACCUGUGAAAUGCCUUCUGACCUCCCACCCUAAGGAGCGGUCCCAGUGGCCCUCUGCCCCAGGCGGCAGCCCACCUCCUUGGGGACUCUGCAAGCCUGUGACCACCGAGGGUGGGUGGUCUCCUGUUGUAGAGCUGGGACAUGGUGCUACAUUUAUGAUUCGUCUUCUUCCGAAUCAGAAAGAUGUUGGGUGUUGGAAAGCCUAGAAGCUCUGGUUAACUUAAGUUGUAACUCGGCAGCCCUGUGAGUGAGUGAGCUUCCGGGGUAACAGAGCUCUGUUGCCACAGGAUGAACCUGGUGGACUUGUGCUCUGCCUUCCAGCUGUGUACUCAGCCAUCCCACAUCCCUGCACUUUCACACAUGCACACGAAAACACUCCCCUGCCAUUGCACAGGCACGCACACUCAUACCCAUGAGUGUCAAGUCAUGGGGGCAUGCAUACAUACACAAUCACCCACACAUGCCACUCUCACAUAGAUGAGCAUUCGCGCUCAUACACCAAUCUCACUGUAGACACACACACACACACACACACACACACGCUCACACACACACACACACACACA